AUGGUGGACACACAGAUUCUUAAGCGUGGUGAUGACAGAUUACGUGUUGUUGUCUUACACGGCAGCAUGCGACAAAGAUCGUAUUCGCGACUACUAGCGUACGAGGCUAGCCGAAUCCUCUUCCAACUCGGCUGCGACGUCCGCAUGUACGAUCCCACUGGCCUGCCCGUUAAGGACGACCUCCACCACAACCACGCCAAAGUCCCGGAGCAGCAUGUCAUUCUUACGGCAGUAUUCAAGAACCAGAUCGACUGGAUACCCCUCUCUACGGGCUCCGUACGCCCAACCCAAGGCCGCACCCUCGCCAUCGCCCAGGUUAACGGCGGCUCCCAAUCCUUCAAUACAGUCAAUGCGCUACGAAUCCUGGGUCGCUGGAUGCGCAUGUUCGCCAUUCCAAACCAGAGCUCCAUUCCCAUGGCAUAUAAGCACUUCACAGAUGAAGAGGAGGGGAGCAGGCUCAUGCCUAGCGGGAACAGGGAUAGGUUGGUGGAUUGUAUGGAAGAAUUCGUCAAGUACACAAUCGUCAUGAGGCCGCAUUUUGACCUCUUUGGCGACCGAUAUAAUGAGCGGGAGGAGAAGAGGGCGAAGCAGAAGAAGGAAUUGGAUAAGCCGCUUAGUGUAAAGUAUGCGCUUUUUCAGCGUGCGGAGAAUCCUUGCUUAAGUGGGGAGGCCUGCACGUCUCCAUGGAUAAAUCCGAAGCAGAUGUUCCUAGUCGCUGCAGAUUUUCGAACUUUGCAAGGCACACUUUAA